CCGGCCGGGCGCUCAGGAGCGCGCGGGGCGGCGGCGGCGCGGAGGAGCCAUCCGCGCUCGUUCCCGGGCGGGUGCGUUGCCGCUCUGGGCGCGCCCCUGCCCCGCCGCCUCCCGCUCUUCGCCUGGCGGAUGUAGGUUGUUGGCCUGAGGGGAGCGACGUAGCCGUGGUGUCCGCUGCCGCCGCCAGGCCCGGUCCGGUUCCAGCCUCUGCCCGGACGCUAGCCGGCCUGGCCAUGGCUGACCGCGGGUGCCCGUUGGAGGCGGCGCCGCUGCCUGCAGAGGUGCGGGAGAGCCUGGCUGAGCUGGAGCUGGAGCUGUCUGAAGGUGACAUCACUCAAAAAGGGUAUGAAAAGAAAAGGGCAAAGCUGCUUGCACGUUAUAUACCGCUUAUUCAAGGAAUAGACCCAUCUCUACAAGCAGAGAAUAGAAUUCCUGGGCCCUCACAAACCACGGCUGCUGCACCCAAGCAGCAGAAGUCUCGGCCCACCACCUCGAGGGAUGAGCGCUUCCGGUCAGAUGUCCACACUGAAGCCGUGCAAGCAGCUUUGGCCAAAUACAAAGAGAGGAAGAUGCCUAUGCCUUCGAAAAGACGUUCUGUCCUUGUGCAUUCGUCUGUGGAAACCUACACCCCUCCAGACACGUCGUCUGCCUCAGAAGAUGAGGGCUCUUUACGGCGACCCGGGCGACUCACCUCCACUCCGCUCCAGAGCCAUUCCAGCGUCGAGCCCUGGCUCGACCGGGUCAUUCAGGGCUCGUCCACCUCAUCCUCUGCAUCCUCCACCUCAUCUCACCCGGGAGGGAGACCCACCGCCGCUCCCAGUGCUGCAGCCACGCCGGGGGCCGCCGCUGCCACUGCUCUCGCAGGCCGUGAGGCCCACACCCACAUAGCAGAUCUGCAUUCUGCCCCUCCUGAUGUCACCACGGGCCUCGUGGAGCAUUCAUACUUUGAGCGUCCGCAGGUGGCUUCUGUGAGAAGUGUUCCUCGGGGGUGCAGCGGGAGCAUGCUGGAAACAGCAGAUGGUGUCCCUGUGAACAGCAGAGUGUCCUCCAAAAUCCAGCAGCUUCUUAACACCCUGAAGAGGCCAAAGCGCCCUCCGUUGAAGGAGUUCUUUGUGGAUGAUUUUGAGGAAUUGUUGGAAGUUCAGCAACCAGAUCCAAAUCAGCCGAAGCCUGAGGGAAGUGAGACGAGCGUGCUGAGGGGGGAGCCUCUCACUGCAGGUGUCCCCCGACCACCGUCACUGUUGGCCACCUUGCAGCGCUGGGGCACAGCACAGCCCAAAUCCCCCUGUCUGACUGCCUUGGAUACGACUGGGAAAGCCACCUACACUCUCACCUAUGGUAAACUUUGGAGUCGGAGUUUAAAACUAGCUUAUACUCUACUUAAUAAACUGACAAGUAAGAACGAACCUCUGCUUAAACCUGGAGACAGAGUGGCGCUCGUGUUUCCGAAUAGUGACCCUGUGAUGUUCAUGGUUGCAUUUUAUGGAUGUCUCCUGGCGGAGCUGGUUCCUGUCCCCAUAGAAGUGCCAUUAACGAGAAAGGACGCAGGCAGCCAGCAGGUCGGGUUUCUGCUGGGCAGCUGUGGAGUCUCUUUAGCCCUGACCACAGACGCUUGUCAGAAAGGCCUCCCCAAGGCACAGACGGGAGAAGUGGCAACUUUCAAAGGUUGGCCUCCCCUCUCCUGGCUGGUGAUUGAUGGGAAGCAUCUAGCCAGGCCCCCCAAGGACUGGCACCCUCUGACCCAGGACACAAGGACUGGGACCGCCUACAUUGAGUAUAAAACCAGCAAAGAAGGCAGUACGGUGGGGGUCACAGUGUCCCACGCAUCCCUGCUGGCACAGUGCCGGGCUCUGACCCAGGCGUGCGGGUACUCAGAAGCGGAAACAUUAACAAAUGUGCUGGAUUUCAAAAGGGAUGCUGGUCUGUGGCAUGGAGUGUUAACAAGUGUCAUGAACAGGAUGCAUGUGGUCAGCAUCCCCUACGCGCUGAUGAAGGCCAACCCACUCUCCUGGAUCCAGAAAGUGUGCUUCUAUAAAGCUCGGGCCGCGCUGGUGAAGUCGCGAGACAUGCACUGGUCUCUCCUAGCUCAGCGAGGCCAGAGGGACGUCAGCCUCAGCUCACUGCGCAUGCUGAUUGUGGCCGAUGGCGCCAACCCAUGGUCGAUCUCCUCCUGUGACGCCUUCCUCAACGUCUUCCAGUCCAGAGGUUUGAGGCCGGAGGUCAUCUGUCCUUGCGCCAGUUCUCCUGAGGCGCUGACUGUCGCCAUCCGCAGGCCACCUGAUCUGGGAGGACCACCUCCAAGAAAAGCGGUCCUGUCAAUGAAUGGUCUAAGUUAUGGUGUUAUCAGAGUGGAUACUGAAGAAAAGUUGUCAGUCCUUACUGUUCAGGACGUUGGUCAGGUGAUGCCUGGAGCUAAUGUAUGUGUUGUGAAGUUAGAAGGUACCCCUUAUCUUUGUAAAACUGACGAAGUGGGAGAAAUAUGCGUCAAUUCCAGUGCAACUGGCACAGCCUACUACGGAUUGCUUGGAAUCACGAAGAAUGUGUUUGAGGCAGUUCCGGUCACCGCAGGAGGAGCACCCGUCUUUGACAGGCCAUUCACCAGGACAGGCCUGCUGGGCUUCAUCGGGCCUGACAACCUGGUCUUCAUCGUGGGCAAACUGGACGGGCUGAUGGUCACUGGAGUUCGCAGACACAAUGCAGAUGACGUUGUGGCCACCGCGCUGGCCGUGGAGCCCAUGAAGUUUGUCUACAGAGGCAGGAUCGCUGUGUUCUCUGUGACCGUGCUGCAUGAUGACCGGAUCGUCCUGGUGGCUGAGCAGCGGCCGGAUGCCUCGGAGGAGGACAGCUUCCAGUGGAUGAGCCGUGUGCUGCAGGCCAUCGAUAGCAUCCACCAGGUGGGCGUGUACUGUCUGGCUCUGGUUCCUGCCAACACCUUGCCCAAGGCUCCCCUCGGAGGGAUUCACAUUUCUGAAACCAAACAGCGCUUUCUGGAAGGGACACUGCACCCGUGCAAUGUGCUGAUGUGCCCUCACACCUGUGUUACCAACCUCCCCAAACCUCGCCAGAAACCACCAGAGGUUGGACCAGCCUCCAUGAUCGUGGGGAACCUGGUUGCUGGGAAGAGAAUUGCUCAGGCUUCUGGGAGAGAGCUUGCCCACCUGGAGGACAGUGACCAGGCACGGAAGUUCCUGUUCCUGGCUGACGUGCUGCAGUGGCGUGCCCACACCACUCCUGACCACCCGCUGUUCUUGCUGCUGAACGCCAAGGGCACCGUCACAAGCACUGCAACCUGUGUCCAGCUGCACAAAAGGGCUGAGAGAGUGGCUGCGGCUCUGAUGGAGAAGGGAAGACUGAGUGUUGGGGACCAUGUGGCUCUAGUCUACCCACCAGGGGUGGACCUCAUCGCCGCGUUCUAUGGCUGCUUGUACUGUGGCUGCGUGCCCGUCACUGUGCGGCCCCCGCACCCUCAGAACCUUGGCACCACACUGCCCACCGUCAAGAUGAUCGUGGAGGUCAGCAAGUCUGCAUGCGUCCUCACCACGCAGGCCGUCACACGGCUGCUUAGGUCCAAGGAGGCUGCUGCCGCCGUGGACAUCAGGACCUGGCCCACCAUCCUAGACACAGAUGACAUCCCGAAAAAGAAGGUAGCGAGCAUUUUCAGGCCCCCCUCCCCCGAUGUCCUCGCAUACUUGGACUUCAGCGUGUCAACCACUGGGAUACUAGCGGGGGUGAAGAUGUCUCACGCGGCCACAAGCGCCUUAUGCCGCUCCAUAAAGCUGCAGUGUGAGCUGUACCCCUCGCGGCAGAUCGCCAUCUGCCUCGACCCCUACUGUGGCCUUGGCUUUGCCCUGUGGUGUCUGUGCAGUGUCUACUCGGGACACCAAUCAGUGCUGGUGCCCCCGCUGGAGCUGGAGAGCAAUGUGUCCCUGUGGCUGUCAGCCGUCAGCCAGUACAAGGCCCGCGUCACCUUCUGCUCCUACUCUGUGAUGGAGAUGUGCACCAAGGGCCUGGGCGCACAGACGGGUGUCCUCAGGAUGAAGGGGGUGAACCUGUCAUGUGUGCGCACAUGCAUGGUGGUCGCCGAGGAGCGGCCCAGGAUUGCGCUGACCCAGUCCUUCUCCAAGCUCUUCAAGGACCUGGGCCUGCCGGCCCGCGCCGUAAGCACCACGUUCGGGUGCAGGGUCAACGUGGCCAUCUGCCUCCAGCCCAACAGGCUGGGAAAGCUGGCUGAGCAGGGCACAGCUGGCCCAGACCCCACAACCGUCUACGUGGACAUGCGGGCACUGCGCCAUGACAGGGUACGUUUGGUAGAACGGGGUUCUCCGCACAGCCUGCCAUUGAUGGAGUCUGGAAAGAUCCUCCCUGGCGUGAAGGUCAUCAUCGCACACACUGAGACCAAAGGACCCUUGGGAGACUCACACCUGGGAGAGAUCUGGGUAAGCAGCCCCCACAAUGCCACCGGCUACUACACCGUCUAUGGGGAGGAGGCGCUUCAUGCCGACCACUUCAGUGCCCGGCUGAGUUUUGGAGACACACAGACCAUCUGGGCAAGGACUGGCUACCUUGGCUUCCUUCGACGAACAGAGCUCACCGAUGCCAGUGGAGGGCGGCAUGAUGCACUGUAUGUCGUUGGGUCUCUGGAUGAAACUCUGGAGCUCAGAGGCAUGCGGUACCACCCCAUCGACAUCGAGACCUCUGUCAUCCGAGCACACAGGAGCGUCGCUGAGUGUGCCGUGUUCACCUGGACCAACCUGCUGGUGGUGGUGGUGGAGCUGGAUGGGCUGGAGCAGGAUGCCCUGGACCUGGUGGCCCUGGUGACCAACGUGGUGCUGGAGGAGCACUACCUGGUCGUGGGCGUCGUGGUCAUUGUGGACCCAGGGGUGAUCCCUAUCAACUCUCGGGGUGAGAAGCAGCGCAUGCACCUGCGGGACGGCUUCCUGGCUGACCAGCUGGACCCCAUCUAUGUGGCCUACAACAUGUGAGCGCAGCACCCCAGACCAGGUGCCGGAGACGAAUGAGCUCCAGCAGUCCAAGGUGAUGUGGGAAGACACUGCAGAGCCCACGCACCGGGACUCGCCCCUUCCUGUGCUCUUACAGAUCCCUCUCAGCAGUUCCCUGCAUCUCCUUUUAGAAAGCACUUCCUGAAUUAUUUAAAGAAAUAUUUUGAAUCUGCCAAGUACAUUUACAAAAACACAGAUGCUGGUAUUUUAACAGAUGGAGAGACAAGGAAAGGAAAGGAAAGGCCUGGCGUGGGCAUUGUGAGGAAUCACAGGCACCGAGGUUGUUCUCUGCUGUACUGCAAGUUUGCACUUUCUUUAGGCUAAAAAUGUAGUUCCUGAUUUUUAAAAUUCAGUUAUUUAUUCCCACUUCAAAUGACAAGUUCAUAUAUAGAAAUUACGGAGAGAAACUUGAGACCAUUUACAGAGAGAAACUUGAUUCUGGGAAGAUAGCAGAGUACAAACCAGCUGCCUCACUUCUGUUUCACAGGGAGGCUGAUGGAAAGGAAGCAAGCUGGACCCAUCCUCCCUGCUCACAGAGCACUAUGGUCACACGCAGUGCCUGCUCUGCCAGUUUCGUUAUUGAAAGAGUUGUGCUGGCUGGGUGCAGUGGCUCUCGCCUGUAAUCCCAGCACUUUGGGAGACCAAGGCGGGUGGAUCAAGAGGUCAGGAGAUCGAGACCAUCCUGGCUAACACGGAGAAACCCCGUCUCUACUAAAAAUACAAAAAAUUAGCCAGGUGCCGGGCGCGGUGGCUCAAGCCUGUAAUCCCAGCACUUUGGGAGGCCGAGACGGGUGGAUCACGAGGUCAGGAGAUCGAGACCAUCCUGGCUAACGUGGUGAAACCCCGUCUCUACUAAAAAAUACAAAAAAAAAAAAAAACUAGCCGGGUGAGGUGGCGGGCGCCUGUAGUCCCAGCUACUCAGGAGGCUGAGGCAGGAGAAUGGCGGGAACCCGGGAGGCAUGGCUUGCAGUGAGCUGAGAUCCGGCCACUGCACUCCAGCCUGGGCUACAGAGCGAGACUCCGUCUCACAAAAAAAAAAAAAGCCAGAUCCACGUGGUGGUGGGCGCCUAUAGUCCCAGUUACUCGGGAGGCUGAGGCAGGAGAAUGGUGUGAACCUGGGAGGCGGAGCUUGCAGUGAACCAAGAUCAUGCCUCUCGCCACUGCAUUCUAGCCUGGGUGACAGAGCGAGAUGCCGUUUAAAAACAAAAAACAAAGGUGUGCUGCUUGUCAGCAUAUAUUGUUGUUGUCAUGGACACUCAGUAAGUGCCAUUUUGGACUGCCAAGUUUAGAUGCUUUGUUUCAGAAACAUAAGCCAGCAUUUAGUUUUAAAUCACUUUCCUGGUUUGUAACUUGAUGCUGUUUAGUUAAAUUGCUAGUUUUCCUAACACUACAAUAUUAAUUCUUCUCGUGGAAGUGUACUGAUGUAUUAUUUUUAUUCCAAGUCAGCAGAUUUGGAAGCAUUGGUGGUAAAGUCUAAGGUUUUCAUAUCCAUAGUGCUGUUUGGUGAGUACCAGCAGUACAGUUGAGGGGAGCAGGGAACAGCGUUGCCCCGUAUUGAAGGUGGAGACGGUUACAUUCUUCACUGCCUUUCACAUUUUGAGUUGUGUGCCUAUAAAAUUUAGCCAAACCAUUUUAUUAUUUUGUUCAAACUUGACUAAGCUGAGUGAUCUAAAAUUAUACAGAACCUAAAUCAGAGAAUGUAAAGUCCUUUAGUUACUUCUAAGAAUUUGAAGUCAAGCACGAAUCUAAGAUAUAGAUUAUUUUUAUAUAGCUAAUUAAGAGUAUGUUAUGAAAUUGUUUGGUUUUUGGGGUAUUGAGGGUGGAAAAUUUUGUGAAUCAUGCAUGCUUCACAGAAACAACCAGGUUUUUCCAGAAUUAGUCUGGAUCAGUGCCUAACAAAGCUGUUAUUAAUUCUCCACACAUAAACCUGGCUAACUGGGCCAGCUCUCAUGUUUUACUCCUGUCUGGCUACAAAUAGCACUGUGCAUAGUAGCCCUGUUUCCCCAUGGUGGACUGUGGUAAAGUAUGUUGUGACAUACUGGAAUUCUAAUAACCCUGUUGUAAUUAUGUACAGAAUCUAUGUAACUUAUUGUUGACAUACAGAGGUUUGGGCAGUAGUCUAACGGACAUUCCUUACAAUAGAAUGGCUGGGAAGGGAAAGAAAAAAAAAAAGCUACCUAACUCCAAUCUUGAUGUUGUAGUUUUAUAGCAAACAAAAAUUGUCAGCUUUUUGUAUUGAAAGGUCAGUGGUGGUAAGACAAGGUGUCUUGUAAAUUAAGAUUUUAAGAAGUGCAUUAAAAUGUUUUGGAAUUACUCUGGGAAUUCUGUAUAUCAUACUAAAAUUUUUAUAUCAUUAUGUUAAUAAAAGUUAUUGACUUUGUAAUUCUGCAUUUUGAAAUGUGUGAAAAGGGUUUUUAAAUUACCCCGAAUAGGAUGUAAUAGGAUGUAUUUUAUUUUGCUUUUUUUUUCUGACUAUAAAAGCAAUUAUGCUUAUAGCAUAAAAUCUAGAAAGCACAUUAAAGUAUAAAGAAAAUUAAAAUUUCUUAUAAUUCUACCUCUGAGUAAAUAGCAGCAUUCGUAUGUGACAUAAACCCUCUCAGGGAUUUAUUUUUUUUCUUUUUAAAAAUUUUUUACAAAAUUAGGAUCAAGUGCUUUUUUAAAUAAUUUGCUUUUGUACUUAAUAAAUUAUAGACUUUUAAGUCUGUUACAUAUAUUCUUCUACGUUUCAAUGGCUGUGUUUUACAAGUGUGCCAUGAGUAAAUGUAGUAUUUGCUGUAUUGCUGUAUAUCAGUGUUGUUUCAACAGGACCACGGUGAGCCUCCUUUCAGAUGCACGUUUACACUGCCAUGAUUGCAGUUACUGCCUUGAGCUCAGUUCCUGUAGGUAGAGUGAGUGGGUCAGAGUUCACGCCAGGUUUGAAGCUUUGGGUACCUGCUGCCCUCCAGAAGGGCAGGGUGACAGCAUGGAAAAGGCCUCUUUGCAGUUGCCAAGCAAUGUUGGCAGUGGACAUGUGCUCAAGAUUAAAAUAACUCUAACAAUUUGAUAGGCAAAUAAGUGGUGUGUCUGGUCAUGUUGAAUAUGUCCUCAUUUGUUCAUGGCCAUUUUUAGUUCUUAUCUGAUGUAUUUUGUUCAGAUUUGGCAGUUUUUAUGGUCAAGUUUUUUCAUACUGACAUGUAGGAGUCUCUAUUAAGAAUUAUAACCCCCAU